UCUAUAUACCAAAGUGAUUUACCUAGGAAUACAGUUGCACUUCACUGAAAACUAAUGAUGUGUUGAUGAGUUCAAUGAAUCCUUCGAUUCCUUUGGUUUUCUUGGCGAACUGACGUCCGACAAUCAAUGACCCGUUGACGUGUACCUGCAAGUGCAAUACGCCAUUGCCGUAAUAUCUGCCUUAUACUCAAGAUGGCCAAACAUAUCUUCAGUAACAAGACUUUCCGGGAGGCAUUUACCUUUGUCAACAAGAAUUCCACCACCUGGUUUCCUGGACAUAUGCACAAAGGUAUGAUGCAACUACAGGCCAAGCUAAAAGAUAUUGAUUGUAUUAUUGAAGUCCACGAUGCAAGAAUUCCAUUUGCUGGAAGGAACCCUAAUUUCCAGACUCACUUGAUGGUGAGACCUCACAUCCUUGUCCUGAAUAAAAUGGACUUGGCAGAUCUUUCGCGGAGAAAGGAAGUUGAGCAGCGAUUGAAGGAUGAAGGUGUCAAGACAGUACUUUAUACUGAUUGUAGGGACAACAAAGAUAAAGUCAUUAAAAGCCAGUUAAUCCCGACAGCUUUGAAUCUGAUCAAGAACAGUGAGAGAUAUCACAGGACGGAGGAAACUACUUAUAAUAUGUUAGUCAUAGGAAUCCCAAAUGUUGGUAAAUCGUCUCUUAUCAAUAAGUUGAGGAAUUUGAACAGAAAAAUAAAUCCAGGAAAAGCUUCCCAAGUUGGUGCUGUUCCAGGUAUCACCAGAAGUGUGAUGGAAAAAAUCAUUGUCUGUGAUCAACCGAAAAUCUAUGUCCGAGAUUCACCAGGAAUAUUGGACCCUAGCGUUAAAGACGUUCAUGUAGGCAUGAAGUUAGCCGUUUGUGCUACACUGAAGGACCAUCUGGUCGGAGAGGAAAUAGUGGCAGAUUAUAUGUUAUAUUGGUUGAAUAAGCUCGACAACUUCCAAUAUGUCGAUUAUUUCGGUCUUAAGAAUCCUACUGAUGACAUAUUGCAGUUUCUAAUGGAGGUUGCGAAAAAGUAUAACUUCUCAAGAAAACACAGAAGUGUUGAAGGGGGAGGAGUCCAGAUGCGACCAGAUUUGGGACGGGCUGCCCAUUUUGCCUUGAAGGCUUUCAGAGAAGGAAAACUUGGAAAAGUUAUGAUGGAUGUUGAUUAUAUAUAUACGAACAGAUAGGAUCGUUGAAAACAGGCAGUGUGAGCCUUGGACAAUAAAUGCUACAUGUUCUGCGAACUCUCAUUAUAACAUCAGGAAAUAUUCAGUGGUACUGUUCUGAAGAAAGAAUUAAGAGACUGGUUGGGUGCUCCUUCUCAACACCCUGUUGGCAUGGUAUAAGAUCAUGGAACUGAUCGCUUUGGCAGCAUGCGAUGUGUAAAUCUAGUUAUAAAAUCUGAAUCUCUUAAA